AUGAGCGGUGAUCAACCGGACGGCUAUGGCCAGCCAUUCUUUAUCAUUACCUGGGUCGAGUUUGGCCUGGGCAUCAUUCUAAUGGCUGCUAGAUGCUUCGCUGCCUCGAGAUUGGUCCACAAGAUUGCAACGGAUGUGUAUCUAGCCAUUGCCACAUUUAUCCUUGGAGCUGCAAGCAUGGUAAUGCUCACCCUGGGAGCCUCAUACGGCCUUGGCCUUCCCCAGACCUUGCUCAGCUUCAACGACAGCAAGAUGGCGCUGCUCUAUGGUUGGAUUAAUCAGCUGCUGGCCCUUGUUGCAAUCGGCUUAGGGAAGCUUACCAUGGUCGCAUUCCUCGAGCAAAUUCAAGGCUAUCAUACCAAAGCCCGGUCGAUCUUUUUGUGGUCCCUGGCGGGGAGCAAUCUCAUCGUGAACUGCAUCGCCGCGAUUCUGAUGAUGCUCCAAUGCUCCCCGAGGAGGUUACUCUGGGAGGCAUAUGCAAAGGGGGGCUGUCCUUGGCGGACUCGGAUCCAAAUCUUUGGCUAUAUACAAGGACCUUGGUCCGCUUUUUGUGACUUCCUGCUGGCAUUGUACCCGAUGACUAUCCUUGCGCGGGUACAGGCUUUUUCCAUUCUAACUCGUAUCGGUCUCUGCGCGCUGAUGGGUUGUGGUAUAAUCGCAGGUGCUUGUGCGAUUGUGAAGACAGUUCAAUUAACAAUCUUAACAAGGAUCAAUGAUCCCACUGAGCAACUUGGCACGGUUAUUGUAUGGAACCAGACCGAAAUGUGGGUGGUCUUUAUUGUCAGCUGUAUCCCACCUACGAAAGUCUUCUUCAGGCACAUUUAUCGCCGGGGUUCGAUCCGGUUGGGCUCGCUUGUUGAGCAAAUCCGUCCGCGGGAACAGGAGGUGAAGUAA